AUGAAAUUGGUGCUGUCAGGUGGUAGCUAUCAUGGAUUUAAACUUAGACUCUCCACCCGCUGCAGAUGGGUGGUGAUGCAAAAACAGCAUUUCGCAAGCCUGCAACUGAUGCAGCCAACAGGAAGUAUCGGCGUCGUUCUCCAGUUGGCGGUUCAUCUCCCUCUGAUGGAGGGUCCUAUGCAUGAGCAUAACUGUAAGCCCAAAAAUUCAAGGGAAGACCCUGGAAAAGUCUCUGAAUAUCAACAAGAAGGAGAGAUGAUGAAAAUCCUCCAAAGUUCGCAUGGGUACUAUAAGCAUGAUGACUGUAUCAAACAUGACAAACACGCUGAUGAGAAGAUAAAAAUUAUCAGAAGUUAUCUUCUCGUUCUGGUAGGGAGUCAAGAGGUCAAGAGACUAUUCAAGAAAUUUGGACAAUAUUCUCGUGAUAAAUAUGAUGGUUCUGGAUAUAGGAACAAGGAUAAAGAUAGAGAAUCUUCAUUUCCUGAGAACCAGAAAUAUAAAGAUAAGGACUCAUCAUCUCAGAGAGUUGGAUCUGGCAGGAGACAUGGACAUUUUGAAGAGAUGGAAAGGGAACGAGACAGGCAUGUAUUGGACAGAGAUGUUCAGGAUGAGAAAAAGGAUUACCGUAGGAAUUCAGGUGAUUAUAUAAGUGAACGGAUUUUCUCAUAUGAAGAGUCCAGGGGGCAACGAAGUGACUCAAUUCCAGGAGAGAUGAAGGUAAACAUCGCAUGA